ACGCAGUGCAUUGUGGGAAGUGGGCUGCUUGUGAAGUCAAGAUGGCGAAGCUGAGGCAGAGGAGAGAGCUGCAGCGGGAAGGCCGUGAAUGAAGUUUGAGCCCGCGGAAGACCUAGCAGCAUCCACACACAGCACCCACAAUAAGAAAAAUCACAGCGGAGAAAGUCUCGUAUGAAUUCCGACGAGAAGGAGGACUGUGAGUGUGCGCCACCACAGGCCGAGACUAGCCCGGGGAGAGGAGCCGAUAGAGAUUUCGAGGAGCCUGAAAUAGAAAACCCAGAAGCAAGCCGAAUGAAGCGAGCAGCCGCCAAACAUCUGAUAGAGCGCUACUACCACCAGUUAACGGAGGGCUGCGGGAACGAGUCAUGCUCCAACUCGUGGUGCGCCUCGUCGGCGGGCUUCAGCCGCAUGGACAACAAUGCGGCGGCGGUCAAAGCCCUGGAGCUCUACAAGGGCAACGCCAAGCUGUGUGACCCUCACCCUUCCAAGAAGGGCACGGCAUCGGCCUACCUGGAGAGCGGCGCCCAUGGCAACAUGAAGAUGAACCACAAAGACGUGAACUCCGUACGAGAUAACUUCAAAGACGUGACCUACCUGACAGAGGAGAAGGUGUACGAGAUCUUGGAGAUCUGUGCAGAAAAAGAAGACUACUCCCCCCUGAUCCGGGUCAUAGGCCGGGUCUUCUCCAGCGCCGAGGGUCUCGUCCAGAGCUUCCGGCGGUCCAAACCGCACACCAAGGAGGAGCUCAAGUCUCUCCAAGGUAAAGACGAAGACAAAGACGAGGACGAGAAGGAGGCGGCUGCCUGCUCAGCCACCGCCAUGGAGGAGGAGGACUCGCCCACUUCUUCGUCUUCGUCGUCCCGGCUCGGAGAGGGGUCCUCUGGGGAAAAUGACGUGCAGAAACUCGCCCCAGACGAGGUGUCAGUGGACAUCGAGGCCGUGCGGCGGGUCUACGAGCGCCUCCUGUCCAACGAGAAGAUCGAAGCCGCCUUCUUGAAUGCGCUUGUGUACCUGUCGCCCAACGUGGAGUGCGACCUGACGUACCACAACGUGUACUCGCGGGACCCAAAUUACCUGAACCUGUUUGUGAUCGUGAUGGAGAACAGCAACCUCCACAGCCCCGAGUACCUGGAGAUCGCACUGCCGCAGUUCUGCAAGGCCAUGAGCAAGCUGCCGCUGGCGGCGCAGGCCAAGCUGGCACGGCUGUGGUCACGCUACAGCGCUGAGCAGAUGCGGCGCAUGGUGGAGACCUUCCAGCAGCUCAUCACCUACAAAGUCAUCAGCAACGAGUUCAACAGCCGCAACCUGGUCAACGACGACGACGCCGUGGUGGCCGCAACCAAGUGCUUGAAGAUCGUGUACUACGCCAACGUGCUGGGCGGCGACCUGGACGUGGAGCACAAUGAGGAGGAGGACGAGGAGCCGAUUCCAGAGUCCAGCGAGCUGACCCUGCAGGAGCUGCUGGGAGAGGAGCGGCGGAACAAGAAGGGGCCCCGGGUAGACCCCCUGGAGACGGAACAGGGCAUCCGCGCCAACGACUGCCGGCGGCCGCUCAUCCCUUUCGAGGAGUUCGUCAACGAGCCGCUCAAUGAAGUCCUGGAGAUGGACAAGGACUACACAUUCUUCAAGGUGGAGACGGAGAACAAGUUCUCCUUCAUGACGUGUCCCUUCAUCCUGAACGCCGUCACCAAGAAUCUCGGCCUCUACUACGACAACCGCAUCCGCAUGUACAGCGAGCGGCGCAUCACCGUGCUCUACAGCCUGGUGCAGGGGCAGCAGCUCAACCCCUACCUCCGCCUCAAAGUCCGCCGCGAUCACAUCAUCGACGACGCUCUGGUCCGGCUGGAGAUGAUCGCCAUGGAGAAUCCUGCAGACUUGAAGAAGCAGCUGUACGUGGAGUUCGAAGGAGAGCAGGGCGUGGACGAGGGAGGCGUUUCCAAAGAGUUCUUUCAGCUGGUGGUGGAGGAGAUCUUCAACCCAGACAUUGGCAUGUUCACGUACGACGAGCGCACCAAGCUGUUCUGGUUCAACCCGUCGUCGUUCGAGAACGAGGGCCAGUACACGCUGAUCGGCAUCGUUCUGGGCCUGGCCAUCUAUAACAACUGUAUCCUGGACGUGCACUUCCCCAUGGUGGUCUACAGGAAGCUCAUGGGCAAGAAGGGGACCUUCAGGGACCUGGCGGACGCUAACCCGGUUCUGUUCCAGAGUCUGAAGGAGCUGCUGGAGUACGAGGGCAGCGUGGAGGACGACAUGAUGAUCACCUUCCAGAUCUCCCAGACCGACCUGUUCGGGAAUCCGCUCAUGUAUGACCUGAGGGAGAACGGAGACAAGAUCCCAGUGACCAAUGAGAACAGGAAGGAAUUUGUUGCACAGUAUUCAGAUUACAUGCUGAACAAAAGCGUGGAGAAGCAGUUCAAAGCGUUCAGGAGAGGCUUCCACAUGGUGACCAACGAGUCUCCUCUGAAGUACCUGUUCAGACCGGAGGAGAUUGAGCUGCUGAUCUGUGGGAGCAGGAACCUGGACUUCCUCGCACUGGAAGAAACCACAGAGUAUGACGGCGGUUAUAACAGAGAUUCUCGAAUCAUCAAGGAGUUUUGGGAGACUUUGCACUCGUUCGGUGAGGAGCAGAAACGCCUCUUCCUGCAGUUCACCACUGGCACUGACCGGGCCCCCGUGGGGGGUCUGGGCAAGCUGAAGAUGAUCAUUGCUAAGAACGGGCCCGACACAGACCGGUUACCCACGUCUCACACUUGCUUUAACGUGCUGCUGCUGCCGGAGUACAGCAGCAAGGAGAAGCUGAGGGAGAGACUGCUGAAAGCCAUCACCUAUGCCAAAGGGUUUGGCAUGCUCUGAGCCCACCUCCCCACCACCCCACCCCCCUCCCCGCCCCAAACAGACUCCUUCUCAGAAAGCCCAUCGAACCCGGACCCAGCCCCCUCCCCGUCUCAGACACAAUCUGACAGGUGACAAAGCGCCGGAGCAGAGCGUGUUUGGAGGAAUCCUGGUUGUCGUAGAGCGCUGUCGUAGUUCUGCUGCUGUGCCUGCAUCCUCCCCGUCAGUGUAAGCACACAGAUCUUCUGAAGUACCCACUCCCACAUCCACGCAGCCUCCCUCCCUCCCUCGCUCCUUUUUUUUUUUUUUUUUGGUUUCAUGUACAGAGAGGAUGGUUUUCCUUAUUAUUUAUUUUAAGGUGAAAUGGGUUAUUUUUCCUGCCUGCCUGUUGGGGGAGGGUUCAAAUUACGUGAUGUAAAUCUGGGACAAUGCAGAUGAUAUAAAGCCCCCCCCCCCCAGUGGAAUGAAACCAUGUUCAAGUAGCCCUGAACUCUGGUCCACAGACAGAGAAUCUAGUUAUUAGAGUAGAUUUUAAUGCAAAAUAUUCUAUUCUCCACUGAUCAUUCCACUCACACCUGAUUGGACCUGAUCCAAGAAGCCGGUUCGUCACGGUUCUCCACGGCUCAUUGUGGUCCCUCCCCAGUCUGUUCUGGCCCAAAAUGCCCAGUUCUGGACGGUCACAUCGUCGGGUCAGUUCUGGGUUUCCAUGGCUCACCAUGGUCCAUUUCAUCCUCCUCUGGUCCGCCUUGGCCCCUCACAGCACGCCUUGGUUCUCCGUGAGCCACCACGGCUCCUUUCCGCUCCCUCAUACGGCACAUCGUCAAAUAGCUGCUUUAGUUGUUUCAUUUUCCUUUGUGGGGGAGGGGGGGACACUGCAGGUUGGACUAAAACAUGUCAGAGCUGUGUAAGUGCACUUAGACAUUUUCAGAAUGUUUGUUUUGUGGCCACACGUCGCCAUGAUUGUUCGAAGCAUUUUAUUUCCUUGUCUUCCUGUGUUGACGAUUCUGAAUAAAACAAAACAAAAGGA